GUCAACACAAACCAGUAGGAUGACAUUGCAGGAUAUUAUCACAGGCUUACAGCUCUGUAAAACAGACAGAUUGAAUAUUCUUUUCAUUAGAUGACAGACGACAGACCAAACUGCACUUCUCUCUGAGCCAUGAGAGCAAAGUUAGAGGUCUUAGCCCUGGUCCUGGGCUUUAUCGGCCUGUUUGGGACUAUAACCGUCACUGUCCUGCCCACAUGGAGGGUCUCUGCCUUCAUUGGCGCCAAUCUCAUCGUCAUGGAAGAGCUCUGGGUGGGUUUGUGGAUGGACUGCUACAGACAAAUCAACAUCAGGAUGCAGUGCAAGGUGUAUGACUCAGUGCUAAUUCUUCCACCAGAGCUGCAGGCAGCCAGGAGUCUCAUGUGUGUCUCCAUAGUCCUGGUUGUCAUCUCUCUGUUGGUCACAGGAUGUGGGACCCAGAAGAGCAACUGUUGUGGUGACAAUAUAAAGAGCAAGAACAUUACCCUGGCCUUAGGGGGCAGUUUGUUUCUGCUUUCCUUUCUGACAACACUCAUCCCUGUCAGCUGGGUGGGCUAUACCAUCAUAAGCAACUAUUACAACCCAACACUGCUGGAUGCUGAGAAACGGGAGCUGGGGAGUGCCCUCUUUAUUGGCUGGGCCACCUCUGGUAUUCUGCUCAUCACUGGGAUCAUCCUUCUAGUCAGUUACAGCAAACGUAGAGAAAAGAUGGAAAAGCCCUUCACUGACACCUAUCUUAUGGCAGCGAGGGAUGUACAGAAAGAGGAGAGCGUGUACCUGGAGAGGACGCCAUCCAGCUCUUAUAAGCAUCAACAAUAUGUGUAAAGAACUGUACUGUACUGCCUGAAAUUUGCAAAUUCCACUCUGCUUAUCUAACAUUUUAAAGAUGCUGCCUGAGGAAGGUCACAAGAUGAUGUUAAGAGUGUUUAAAUUCUGUAUAAAUAUGGGUAUUUAUUUUCACUAUGAAAACAUUUUAAUCACUGGGACUGUUAAAAUGACUAAUGUACUUUAUGUUCUUAUUGCAAAAUGAAUAGUUCUCAUCUUCAUUGUUUGUAUUUGCCCACAACCUUCACUGCUGCACUCAAAAUAUUUGAGUGAUAUUUGUUGUACAUAUAAAACUAUUCGUUCUUGGAUUUGCUUAUCUGUCAUUAAUGUAAUUAGUCUGUUUACAAAUAAUUGUUUUUUUUGUAAUUCUAUUCUAAUAUACCACUUUUAUUGUGCUUUUAUGAUUUAA